AAUUAUAUUAUCUUAUACCAGAAAUGAGAACAGAAUGUGAAUCGGAAUUAAAUGCAUAUUUGUUGCCAAUUUUAAACGAACUCAUUAAUGAAAAAAGAAACGAAUCAAAUACAAUUGACACAAUAAUAAAAAAUCAAAAAGGCGUUGGCAGUCACUCAAAAUGGUGUAAAAAGUAUAAUACAACAAACAUCGAUAAUAGAAAACGUACUUGUUCUAACUGCAAUGAAAAGUUGGAUACAUUAGCUGCAUUACAAGCAGAAUCAACUAAUAAGUCUACUCAAAUUAGUCGCUCCAAGUAUCGUGGUUUACUGCAGAAAAAUUGUAAUCAAUUGCGAGAGAUCUUACAAAGUAUUAGAGACCUGCAAGAUAAUCAGGAAGAACCUGAGGAUGAAUCAGAAUCAGAAACAGAAAAUUAA